UAAAAAUUAAAUAGGGCUAAGCGCCAUCGUGAUCGAUCUCAUCGGCCUUCCCUUUCCUUCGCACAGGUUAACUUUGGAUCGCCCACCGCCACCCACUUCCCGAUUCCUCCUUCCUCGAUGACGAACAGCCUCCGCCUGGAAUUCCAAUCCAGCUCCCGAUGAUGGACGACCGCAGAUCUGUCGAGUUCGACGUCGAGAGGCGUGGAUUCAUCGAGUUAUCGUGCUCGCCGGAGGUCGUUGUUUUUGUAGCCCAAUCGCCAUCGGCGGAAGUGAGGCGAUGAGGAGGGUGCCGUCGCGAUCAAAGGGGCACUUUUACUUCACGCGUAAGUACUUCGAUCUGACCCCGUCCUAAAAAGUCGUGUUUUUUUCUCGAUCGACGCGGAAUCUUUGUUCAUGUUCGUGUUCGAUCGGAAUUAAAUGCGAAAUGUUGGAUCUUGAUGCGUCGGUAUGGGCGGCGAUCUUCGGAUGUGGCUUUGGAAGCGUUGAAGGAUGCGCCUUUAAGGGCGGAGGCGAGCCUUUGGGAGCUGAAAAGGUGAAACCAACGCCCCUCGCCAUUAUCCUUGAUCGAGGACGAGCAAAAGCAACGCUAUAACUGCGAAUUAACAUCCCGCAGGAGAGUGAGGCAGUUGUUGGGUGGGUGGCGAUUGCAACACUGCCUCCCACGAGCGAUCGCUUUCAGUAGCUCUGUGCGGGCUAGCGACCAGGCUGUACGCUUCGUUUUCCACGGCUGCGAUACAAAAAAGAGAACGGAACGCCAAGCCGCCACGGGCAAGGCUCGUGGCUUUUACUGACACACCUAAACGCAGAGGAUUAAAGAAAACAGACUUUUGGGUCUCAUGCUCCAUUCACUUGCCCCUUCCCUCUUCUGUCACACGUCUGUUGCUUUGCGAGGGAGAGCGUUGGGAAGGCGUGCCCACCGCCGCGCGUGUCUAGGGAUCGUGCGGGAUCCAAGCUGCUAUUUGGGCUUGGGGUGCGGCUACCGAGUAACUAUUCCGUAUAGGUUUCGGCUUGUUUUCCUUACAUCAAAGUGGGCUCCGUAGAGUCGUUUUGUCCUCUGUAGCAUAGAUUUCGAUUCAUCUCGCCAAGCCUUGGAGUCGGAGUGAGGUUUGGCCUAGGAAUCCUGGAGUUCUCCGUCGAUGCCGGUGUGCGAUGGGUGCCGUUUAGUCGGCGAUUUGCGCGUUCCCUGUAGAAUUCAAGUUAACUACUGCAUCUACAACAGUGAUGCUCAAUUGCCUUGUGGAAUUCAAGUUUCUUCACUGUAGCAGGAAGAACAUCCUGAAUAGUUACCAAUUCUGAUUGACAUGAUGAGCCUUGAUGGAGGAGAAGAUAAAUUUUUCGAUGCAAACAAUGAGAUCAGCAAUUCCAUAAAUUCCUUGUCAUCUGACAACUCUCUUGCUACAAAUCAGCAACUGUUGUGGAACCUUGAUUAUGAACUAUGGACAAGUGAGCCUAUGAGCGUUCAGGAUAGGCGAAAAAGAUUCUUUAGAGGAAUUGGGUUUGAUGAGCUUGUGCCAGCUUCUGUAGUCUGUUCCAACUCUACUGAACUACCAACUGUCGUAUCCUCAGAAGAGCAUCUGGAUUCGGACAGAAUUACAAAUACAAAUGGCUCAGUCUUGGACCCUUUGUCAUCUGCUGAUGUGGGUAUAUCUGAAGAUUCGUUCAACUACAUUAGGGAUCUGGACACUGGUAGAAAAUUUAUGAUCCAUGAUGUUGCUAAAGAUAGUGUACCCAGUACCUUGAAAGAACUUGGCUCAGAGAAGCUGAUGACACUGCAUGAUUUUGAAAAUGCUAUUGGCAUGUCACCCUCUGUUCAAAGAUACUUACGAAGAGAACUUGUUCCUUGCGGGGAAACAACUGCAUGCACAAAUGAUGCAAAGAAAAGCAAAUAUUUAAAGUGGUGGAGAUGUUUAAUAAAAAGCAAGCCAUCAUCUGGAUCAAAUAAGUAUUAUGAUUCAGUUAAAAAGCCAAAAAUAUCAAAAUCGGUGCGAACAAAAGUUUUUCGGUACAAGAAAAAAUGCAUGGAAUUCACGGCACUCUACUUGGGUCAAGAAAUUCAAGCACACAAGGGCAUGAUAACUGCCAUGGAAUUUUCACCAAAUGGAAGGUAUCUUGCAAGUGGCGGUGAAGAUUGUGCUGUACAUGUUUGGCAGAUUGUUCAAGUAGAAAACUCUUACAGAUUUAACAGCACAGAUGGAUCACUAUUCUCACCCAAAUUAGUGGAUAAAAUUAAAGUUAUUAACAUGUUUGUAGGAAAAUGUCAUAAUUCAGCUCCUGUUUUCAUUCCAAAGAAGAUAUUUAAGAUUGAGGAAACCCCGUUACAUGAAUUGAAAGGGCACACUGGUGAUAUCUUAGAUCUCUCUUGGUCACAAGCUGAUUGUCUACUCACAUCCUCUAAAGACAAAACUGUUCGCAUGUGGAAAGUAGGCCGCGCUGAAUGCCUUAAAAUUUUCCAACAUAAUGAUUAUGUGACAUGCAUUCAGUUCAACCCUAUUCAAGAACAAUUAUUUGUUAGUGGCUCAAUCGAUGGUAAAGUUCGUAUAUGGGAAAUUCAAAAGAAUCGUGUGAUUGAUUGGGUUGAUGUAAGGGACAUGGUAACUGCUAUAUGUUAUCAGCCAGAUGGAAAGGGUUUUGUAGUUGGUUCGAUCAAAGGGAACUGCAAACUAUAUGAUUGCUUGGCUAAACCAAGCCAACUUGCAUUGCAAUUUUGCCUUUUCGGUAAAAAGAAAUCUUCUGGCAAGCGGAUCACUGGAUUCCAGUUCUUUCCAGGAGAUUCUAAAAGAAUUAUGAUAACAUCUGCAGACUCUUUAAUCCGGAUCUGUGAUGGGCCUGAUGUCGUUCAAAAAUUCAAAGGUCCCCGGAAGUCCAAAUGUCAUUUAUCUGCAUCAUUCUCUUCCGAUGGAAGGCACAUUGUAUCUGUAGGCGAGGACUCAAAUGUCUACAUCUGGAGUUGCGAUAAAUUUGACAAACAACUAUACAGAGGUGCCAAGUUGGCCCGUGCUUCAGAGUUCUUCUAUUCUGAAGGUACAUCCAUCGCAGUGCUGUGGCCCGGCAUGAUCAACGGAGAAACAAUCACAAGUGACAAUAUUCAGGUUCCCACUCAACCCCGCAGAGCAACAUCAGAAUCAAUCCCUUGGCUAAAGAAUCCAGACUGCAUCUCUCUUGGAGCAUGGCUUUUUCCUGACGGUUCCUCAAGAUCAUCAGCUACAUGGCCGGAGGAGAAGCUUUCCUGCCAGACGAAGCUGCCAUUGCAAUCUGGAGACACUCGCGAACACUGUCUACGACUUCGUGGAGAUUGUUGGAGCCUCACACCUAAGCAAGCAGGCGCAUGGAGUACAGUCAUUGUAACAGCAGGAAAUGACGGGGCGAUUAGAUCCUUCCACAAUUUUGGUCUACCUGUUAGGCUGUGAAUCAAGAAGAGUUUCACACAACUGUGGAUAGUCCAAAAAAAGCAAUCAAGGCAAGAACAACCUGAGAUGCUUACAGUAAGGACUUAUAUUGUCGGUCGUGAUGAGUCCGGGAAGUGCAGGCAGUAUAAAGCGAAUGGAGGAUCAUAAUAGAUCAGUGCUCAUCAAUGUUGUGUUUGGUUGAGAGAGUGAAAUGAUGAUCAUAAUAGAUCAGUGUUCAUUGUCUUAUUUCCCCAUGUCUAGGGAAAAAGAGGGAUUUUUUGUUUGCCAAUGUAUAUAGCAGAAGGCAAUCACUUGCAUAUGUGAAGUAUAACACAAGAUCCUUUCCCACAAAAAGGAAAGACAGUUGACAUUGCUUGUGUCUGACAAUGGUUUGAAUAUUUAUAGUUUUUUGUGAUUUCUUGAAAGAAACAGGGAAAGGAAUUUUUAAAGUUUA